AUGAAGGAUACGGGUUCAGAUAAUAUUACCUCCGGAAUCAAAGAAAGCCAAGCUUUAGAAUCUUCAAACUUCUGCUUGAACUCUCUAAUGGAUGAAAGGGCUGGUUCGGGUGAAUGCAGCUGCGGUGGGAAAAUGGUGAAAGGAUUAUGUGUUAAACCCAUUAAAGGAGAUGCAGUGCUUUUCUGGAGCAUGGGGCUCGAUGGACAAUCUGACCCAAACAGCUUACAUGGAGGGUGUGAAGUACUGUCAGGGGAGAAGUG